CCGGGUUGGACUUCAAAAUCAAAAAGUCAUCUGGAUCCAAAAGGUUGCUUCAUUGAGGGAAUUCGACUCUAAAUUUUAGAAGGGUUAAUGGCGGAUACAAUCGCGUCUCCCCUCCUUCAAUCGCUUCUUGAUAGGUUGGAUUCCUUUUGCCUUUCAUUUGGCGAUGGUGAUGAGAUGCUGACCAGGUUGCGAAGCGUUGUAGCAUCAGUCAAAGAAGUGGCUGCAGUGGCGGAGCAGCGAUUCGAGAUGGCGGCGGAAACGAAGCGGUGGUUGACUGAAGUCAAACGUUUGGCUUGCGAAUUGGAUUAUCUGCUGGAUGACUAUGAGCAGCAAGUGCGCAAGGUGAGGAAUCAAAAACUAAUAAGUAGCUGUUUUUGUUUCCUAACUAGAAUUGAGAACCGGCGCCCGAUAGAACAUGUCCUCCAGAAGUUGACCACACUCGCCAGUCAAGGCGAUUGGCCUUUGGAAACUAAUUGGCGACCAGACCUUUAUUUUCGAUUAUAUUCUGGAACUAGUUUUGUAGGUUCAGAACCUGAAGUUGUGGGCAGGGAUCUGGACAGGGACAAGGUAAUUAGUUUAUUAUUUCGCAAGACACAGGCAUGUAAGGUGGUUUCUAUAGUUGGCGUGGGGGGACUGGGAAAAACAGCACUUGCUCGUCUUAUUUACAAUGAUGAGAAAUUGACACGUACUUUUAGGUACAGGUAUUGGGUUUCUCUAGGCAAUGAUCUUAAUGUUAACAUUGAAAGAAUUGGGGUAGCAAUUUGCUCACGGAAAAUUUUGAGCAUGAAUGCUUUGGAAGAUGGUGUUACACGAGAACUGGUGGGGAAGACAUUUUUGGUUGUGCUUGAUAAUUUGUGCCAUGAGGAGAUGGAUCUAGCAAUCACGUUAAGAAGAUGGUUCAGUGUUGGUUCUCCUGGAUCUGCUGUUAUAGUCACUACUCGCUCAACUGCUGCUGCAGAUUCUGUAGGUGACAUGCCAGUGUAUUACUUGCAACCUUUGCGUGAUGCAGAUUGUUUGGAUAUGUUUUGGAAGGUGGCAUUGUUACCCAGGGAAGAAAUGGAGGAAAACCAGAACACUAAAUUGUCAGAGAUUGGCAAGGCUGUUGUUGCGAACUGUAGAGGAUUGCCUCUUGCUGUGAAGAUACUUGGUGCUUUAUUGCCCUACAAUGGAGAAAUGGACGAUUGGUUAUCUGUUGCUUCUCUUGCUUUACUGGAGCUGCAAAAGUAUAGUUAUACUUCCAAUAUUUUACCAGUUCUGUGCCUCAGUUAUGAUCUUUUACCAUCCAAACUGAAGCAAUGCUUUGCAUAUUGUUCAAUAUUCCCUAGAGAAUUUUGGAUCAGUAAGGAGAACUUGAUGCAAUUGUGGAUUGCUGAGGGCUUUUUGCAAACAAGUGGCUCAAGUGAAAGCCUUGAUGACAUAGCUGAGGACUGCUUUAUGAAACUGUUGCAAUGCUCAUUUUUUGAAGACAUAAUAAGAGAUGAUUCUGGGAACAUAUUAUGCAGAAUGCAUGAUUUGGUGUACGAUUUUGCAUUGACUGUCAGUUCGACUACAUGCUCAGUUAUGAGAAUUGCAAGUUUCGAACACUUUUCUGCAGAACUUCGACACUGCUCUCUGAUAUGUGAAUCUGAGCCUUCACCAGCUCUAAGAUAUUUUAGUAAAUUAGGAGAUUUGCAGACUUUGCUUUUAUUAUCAGGUAAUUUUGACAGUAUCUCUGAUGCAAUUUUCUCUAGAUUUAGCCACUUGCGGGUGUUGGACUUUUGCCAAACUGGCAUUUGUGAGUUGCCUGUUUCUAUUGGUGCUUUAAAACACAUGAGGUACCUUGACCUAUCUCGCACAUAUAUUAGAAAGAUACCAGAAUCCAUUGGUAAUCUGAAGUAUUUGCAGAUAUUGAAACUCACUGAUUGUUACAACCUUGAAGAGUUGCCCAAAACUUUACCCCAGUUGACAAAUCUCAUAAAUCUCGGAAUUUGGUCAUGCUGCUCUUUAACUUAUUUUCCAUCAGGGAUUGGAAAAUUGAGGCUUCUUAAGAAGCUGCCAACAUUUGUUCUGGGAAAGAGAUCUGAUUGCGCUAAAUUAAAUGAUUUAAGUGGGCUGGACCUCACAGAGAGACUAGAGAUAAAGAAUCUUGAGAAUGUGACAAAGGAGGCAGAUGCACAAGAUGCAAAGCUGUAUGAGAAAGUAAGCCUUCACUCGUUGGGAUUAUCAUGGGGUGACAAUGAUUGUAUGAACGCUCAAAUGUCUGCCAAAAUACUAGAAAACCUCAGCCCACCCCAGAACCUAAGAGAUUUGUGUUUAAAAGGGUACAGAGGUUCCAGUUUUCCAUCAUGGAUGAACCAGAGUCUUCUGAAUCUGCUAAAGAUUUCAUUAAUCAAUUGCAGUUGUCAAGAACUUCCACCACUAGGACAGCUGCCUUCCCUUAAGGUUCUCUAUUUGAAAGGCAUGUCUGAAGUGCGUACAAUAGGCCAUGAAUUUUAUGGGAAUGGUGCUGUCAGAGGAUUCCCAUGCCUGGAACAGCUUGAGAUCUAUGAUAUGCAUAACUUGGAGGGAUGGAAGAGCAUACAAAUGGAGAAAACAGAAAUCUUCACUGUGGUUGGAGGAUCAUCAGGUCCCUUAUCACAAGAAGCUUUCCCUUGCCUUGACAAACUCGUGGUCAAAGGAUGUCGUAGGUUGACUGCCUUGCCAGUCAUUCCAAAUCUAAGAAGCUUAGCUCUUUGUGACAGCAAUGGAAUGCUACUGUGCUCAGUUGUUCAUCUACCAUCGCUUUCCUCUUUGGUCAUUGAAAAAUUAAAGGAGCUUGAGUCUUUAACUGAUUAUUCUAAAAGCUUUUGCUCUAUCGAGAAACUGACAUUGUAUGAUUGUGAUCAUUUGGAUUAUCUAUUUGAGCGCAACCAAGUAUUCUCUGCUCUAAAAUAUUUGAGUAUUCUGUACUGUGAUGGACUGAUGUCAUUGCCUUUGGGCCUGAGGUUGCUGACUUCCCUUCAGAGGUUUGAUGUUAUUGAGUGUGGACAUUUGAAUGACAUUUCAAUUUUGCAGACCCUUAGUUCUCUCCAGGAAUUAAUUAUUGAGGGUUGCCCGAUGUUGCUUUCAUUACCAUCUGGCAUACAUAAUCUUACCAAUCUCCGAAGGUUGGUAAUCAAAGGAUGUCCUGCUUUACAAAAAGACACAUGGAUAUGAAGCGGGGCAAGGACUGGUUCAAGGUGGCACAUAUCCCAUAUUUAGGGAUAGAACAAAGAAAGUUUGUCAGUGAAGAAGAUUAGAAACUGAAGAAGCAAGCUAUCAACUAUAGUUUUUGCAAUUCACCUGCAGGCAAUCAAUAAUACUUUUCAAUCGCGAGCUCGUCAUAAUCGGAAUCAGAUGCAGAUACUCCGAAGCGUCCAUGUCGACCAAUGGCUCGCUGCUUUUGGGUGGUGGUACAAGAGAUGUUAGCCAAGACGGUGAGUAAGGUAUAUCAGCUUCAAUACACUCCUGUAACAACAAUACAAGCUGAAGCCUCUUCAAGACAGCAGACAUUCCGGGUCUUUCAUUUCCGCGUUCGAUGGUGCAGUUAUACGCUAAAUAAGCGUAUGCUUUCAGACACUCCGGUGCAAUCUCACCCUUAAGGCGAGGAUCAAUUAUUUGGCCAAGUUUACCAUCUUCCACGCCUCGUCUGCCCCAUGUAAUUAGUUCUAUCUCUUCCUCAUUUCGAUGGACAUCGAGAAGUGUUCUCCCGCAUAACACCUCAAACAAAACAACUCCAAAACUAUAAACAUCGGAUUUAACCGAGAGAUGGCCAGAAAACGCAUAUUCAGGGUCCAAAUACCCCAAAGUGCCCCCAACGGUAGUGCUGACAUGACUAUCUGAUUCUAACAAGCUUGAUGGCACCAGUUUCGAGAUCUGAAAAUUCGAAAUAUUUGCAACCCAGUUCUGGUCUAGAAGAAUGUUCCUGCUUUUGAUGUCCCUGUGGAUGAUUAAGGGGUUACCUGUAUGCAGUCUCUCUAGUCCACGAGCAACUCCAAUGCAGAUUUCAAGCCUUCUUUUCCAUGAUAAUGGGGGUUCGUAAUAAAUUUUGCCGUGGAGAUGAUCAUGGAGGGUUCCCUGAGCCAUAUGCUUAAGCACAAUUAUCCUAUCUGAUCCAUCAAGGCAGUAACCAAUCAGAGAGACGAUAUUUGGGUGAUGGAGAUUUGAUAGCAAGUCCAUCUCUGUUAAAAAUAUCUGGUGAUCUAAAUGGGGCUUAAACCGUUUGAUGCGAACCGGAUAUUUAUAGCUGUCAUUAAUGUAACCUUCGUAUACAGUAUCCCAGGAAUCUUCGCCAACUUUGAGCGCAGGGUCGAAGUUGUUGGUGGCCUUCAGGAGCUCUUCAAGUUGGAAGCGUGGAUAAAGUUUCUUCCAUGCUGGUAAAUUUUCUUCUGUUUUCCCUCUCCUCCAUAGAGAACACAAGUUAGCAAAAGGGGGCUUGCCUGAGGAACGCUGGGGAAGUCUUGAUGUGGCCAUGUCCUCGAGCAAAUAAAAUAUAGGGGAAAGACCCGGCAAGGAAGAACAAUAGCAGCUAGCCUGUGAGGAAAGAGAAGACGCGUGAUCAGCGGAAAAACAUGGAAACUUGUGUCUGUCUCUCUCUUUUCUGUCUAUUAAUUUAUUUAAAAGGUCCCCAGUCGUUGUUCUUUAAAGCGAACCGGCGCCAGUUCUUAUGUGCGUGUAAUGCUCCCUGCAGCUCAGCUUUAGGUGAUGUUUGGUUGCACGACUGAAAUAGCUCACUUAAUAUCUCUGAUUCAUUGCAUACAUGUUUAACGGAAUA